AUGUUUCUAUCGAUCUAUAUUGAUAAUUGGAAUGAAGCAGAGGUCAAAGAACCACACCCAGUUGAACCAGAAGUUAAAGAACCACAUCCUGUUGAACCAGAAGUUAAAGAACCACAUCCUGUUGAACCAGAAGUUAAAGAACCACCAGUUGAACCAGAAGUUAAAGAACCACAUUCAGUUGAACCAGAAGUUAAAGAACCACAUCCAGUUGAACCAGAAGUUAAAGAACCACACCCAGUUGAACCAGAAGUUAAAAAACCACAUCCAGUUGAACCAGAAGUUAAAGAACCACAUCCAGUUGAACCAGAAGUUAAAGAACCACAUCCAGUUGAACCAGAAGUUAAAGAACCACAUCCAGUUGAACCAGAAGUUAAAGAACCACAUCCAGUUGAACCAGAAGUUAAAGAAAACCACAUCCAUUGUCCAGAAGUUAAAAAACCACAUCCAGUUGAACCAGAAGUCAAAGAACCACAUCCAGUUGAACCAGAAGUUAAAGAACCACAUCCAGUUGAACCAGAAGUUAAAGAACCACAUCCAGUUGAACCAGAAGUUAAAGAACCACAUCCAGUUGAACCAGAAGUUAAAGAACCACAUCCAGUUGAACCAGUAGUUAAAGAACCACAUCCAGUUGAACCAGACGUUAAAGAACCACAUCCAGUUGAACCAGAAGUUAAAGAACCACAUCCAGUUGAACCAGAAGUUAAAGAACCACAUCCAGUUGAACCAGAAGUUAAAGAACCACAUCCAGUUGAACCAGAAGUUAAAGAACCACAUCCAGUUGAACCAGAAGUUAAAGAACCACACCCAGUUGAACCAGAAGUUAAAGAACCACAUCCAGUUGAACCAGAAGUCAAAGAACCACAUCCAGUUGAACCAGAAGUCAAAGAACCACAUCCAGUUGAACCAGAAGCAAAGAAACCACACCCAUUGGUAGUUAAAGAACCACAUCCAGUUGAACCAGAAGCAAAAGAACCACAUCCAGUUGAACCAGAAGUUAAAGAACCACACCCAGUUGAACCAGAAGUUAAAGAACCACCAGUUGAACCAGAAGUUAAAGAACCACAUCCAGUUGAACCAGAAGUUAAAGAACCACAUCCAGUUGAACCAGAAGUUAAAGAACCACAUCCAGUUGAACCAGUAGUUAAAGAACCACACCCAGUUGAACCAGAAGUUAAAGAACCACAUCCAGUUGAACCAGAAGUUAAAGAACCACAUCCAGUUGAACCAGACGUCAAAGAACCACAUCCAGUUGAACCAGAAGUUAAAGAACCACAUCCAGUUGAACCAGUAGUUAAAGAACCACAUCCAGUUGAACCAGAAGUUAAAGAACCACAUCCAGUUGAACCAGAAGUUAAAGAACCACAUCCAGUUGAACCAGAAGUUAAAGAACCACAUCCAGUUGAACCAGAAGUUAAAGAACCACAUCCAGUUGAACCAGAAGUUAAAGAACCACAUCCAGUUGAUCCAGAAGUUAAAGAACCACACCCAGUUGAACCAGAAGUUAAGGAACCACAUCCAGUUGAACCAGAAGUCAAAGAACCACAUCCAGUUGAACCAGAAGUCAAAGAACCACAUCCAGUUGAACCAGAAGUUAAAGAACCACAUCCAGUUGAACCAGAAGUUAAAGAACCACAUCCAGUUGAACCAGAAGUCAAAGAACCACAUCCAGUUGAACCAGACGUUAAAGAACCACAUCCAGUUGAACCAGAAGUUAGAGAACCACAUCCAGUUGAACCAGAAGUUAAAGAACCACAUCCAGUUGAACCAGAAGUUAAAGAACCACAUCCAGUUGAACCAGAAGUUAAAGAACCACAUCCAGUUGAACCAGAAGUCAAAGAACCACAUCCAGUUGAACCAGACGUUAAAGAACCACAUCCAGUUGAACCAGAAGUUAAAGAACCACUCCCAGUUGAACGAGUGAACCGUGGCGAACCAGGAUAA